AUGGAUCCAUCAGUUACACCUUUUCAUCUUAUCCCCGAUUGUGUCAGAGAAAUAAUUAGUCACUUACAUAGUAAUCAUAAAGCACUUUUUUCUUGUGCUUUAGUCAAUCGAUUAUGGUGUAGAUCUGCUAUUCCUUUGCUAUGGUGUGAUAUUUUUAACGGUAAUUACCUAUCGCCUGAUAAAGGAACAAAAAUUAUUUCUAUCUAUAUGAGUUGUCUCACAGAAAUUCAAAGGAAAACUUUGAUAAAUCAUAAUUUAAACCUUCAAGAGAACUUCAAACCAGCUCUUUUUGAUUAUCCAAAAUAUCUACGAUUUUUGAAUUGUCGAUAUUUCGAUAAUGCAUUAUAUUCUUGGUGCAAGGCAACCAUUAAACCUGAUGUUGAAAAUACGGAAUUUCAAAAAACAUUACUUAUUUGCAAUCAUAUAAUCAGUCAAUACAUCUUAAGUCACUCUGCUGGCUUAUAUACAUUACACUUAAAUAAUCAUAAUGAUAACGGAUGUUGUCUUAUGCAUCUUCCUCCGGACGUAUGUGUAAAUGGAAUUUGCCACACUUUUUCAAAAUUAACAGAAUUACAAAUCGACAAUGGGUUUCAAAUAAAUUCAUCCCAAAUUUUUGAGAAAUUAUCUUUACACUCACAUAGUAUUCAAAAACUUUAUAUAUCGGUAAAAUCUAUUAGUGAUUUAGUUCUUCAACAAGAAAUAUUUAGUCAUUUAUUCUUAUUGAUAAAUUCUCAACAUAAACUUCAAUCAUUUACUGUUAUUCUUUCUUGGGCUAUCAAUUCACAAUCUUCCUUAUUUUUCUCUGCUCUCACAAAUCAAUCUCAUUCAUUAAAAUUUCUUGAAAUAGGACAAUUAUAUGACAUCUCUAUUUUAAUCCCUUAUUUAGCUUCUUUUAAUUUAGAUACUCUGAAAUUAAUCUAUUAUAAUACACCACUUAAACAAAUUGAUCCAAGAUCUAUUCCAUAUUUACAUUCAAGAACACAAUUUAAAAUUAAAAAUUUAAUUAUUUAUGGAACUUAUUAUUCUAUACUCUGCCCAUUUUUUUCUAAAAUUAUUAAAUUAUCUGGAUCACAUUUGGAAAAGAUAUCUUUUAAUGGUUGUGAUGAAAAUUUGACAAAUACAAUCGCUGAAUAUAGUUCAAAUAUUACUUCCUUAUCAAUAAUAAUCAAUUACGCAAUAUUCAACUGCUUUGUGAAAGCUCUUUCAAAAUUAAAAAAGUUGAAAUAUUUGAAUUUAGAAAGUGCAAAAAAUGAUAUUCAAUAUACAAAAGAUAUGAUUUUAAAAUUUGCGAAAAUAUUUCCUAAUUCUAUUGAAGAAUUAAAUUUUAAUUUAACACUUGAACAAGAACAUAUAGAUGCAUUUCUUAAAGAGUUGAAAGUUUCUUUAACAAAAUUAACUAUUUAUUUAAAUGAGUUAGAUGAUGAAAUAUUAAAUUCAGUUAUAGAUUAUGCUAUUAGAACUGGUAAUUUGAAAGAGUUUUGUUUUAACGCUGAUGUAAGUUUUUCACAUGAUGUUUGGUUAAAAGCACAAGAAAUUAUACCAGUAAUUACUGAUAUGACUGAUGAUGUUGAUUAUAAUUUGGCUUUUUAUUUAUUUGCUUAA